ACCCAAUCCACAGCACGAGCGUGUCAAACGUUAUCCGGUUCAAAGCCGAGCGGCGUCUCCUCUCUCCAGCGGCUCCAGCCAAUCCGGCAAUCCCGCUCCCCCAGCUCGCUGCUCGCCCGCUCUCCUCCGCCCUCCGCCAUGGCGGCCUUCCCCUCCGCCUCCCCGUCGCCGGCGAUCUCCGCCUCGACCUGGAGCAUGGCUUCCCUCCGUACGUCCCUCCCCGCACUCCGCCCCUCCCCCGCGGGAAGGCUCCGUUCGUCGUUCUCGCCCGCGGCGGCGGCCACGGCUGCAUCGGUCGGCUGCCUCGGGUCCUUCUCCGGCCUCGCGCCCGUCUCGAAUCUCCUCUCCCUCGGCGCUGAGAACUCAAGCUUUGAGCAUCGGUUGUUUGGUAUUGAUGCCCGUGGAAGGAUAGUUGCGAUGCGACAUGGGAGACGCGUUCCUAAACUUAACAGGCCUCCGGAUCAAAGGAAAGCGCUGUUGCGUGGGCUUACCACACAGCUGCUGAAGCAUGGGAGGAUAAAGACUACAAAGCCAAGGGCAAAGGCAAUGAGGAAGUAUGUCGAGAAGAUGAUCACGUUGGCAAAGGAUGGAUCUCUUCACAAGAGGAGACAGGCUCUGGCAUUUAUUUAUGAGAAGCAUAUCGUCCAUGCCUUGUUUGCUGAGGUUGCAGACAGGUAUGGAGACCGAGAAGGUGGCUACACAAGGAUCAUCCCGACGUUCCCGAGGCGGGGAGAUAAUGCACCUAUGGCGUACAUUGAGCUUGUUUAGGAUUUUCCAUCGGUUGCUGUGGUUUCAUUGGUUGGUGCCAUGCAGGCUGAGUGGUCAUGUUUGCGCAUUGCCGUUCGGAGAUCUGUUUUUUUUUCCCUUUCCUUAUCAAGUUGUUCUGUACCAAAGUGUAGAUCACGCGUGAAAUUUGGAACUCGUCAAACUUCGUUCUGUAAUUGACAAGGCGCCAUUAUAUAAUCUGGAAAAUAAGUUCGUGGCCUC